AUGACAGAGGAAGCUGGCAAUUUUAGUCAAUUGGAGGAGGAGCAACCCAACGACAAUUACAAAGUCGCGGCUAAGAAGACGGUCGACGAGUACAAGAAUUUGGACGCGGAGGAUGAGUCACUAGCCAAGUGGAAGGAAUCUUUAGGCUUGCGAUCAGACGUAUUACCUCUGGAGUUUCCUGGUGACAAAAGACGGGUCGUUGUGCAAAAGAUACAGCUGUUGGUGGAUACUGAACCGGAACCAAUUAGUUUUGACUUAACUAACGAAACAACUAUCAAAGAACUAGCCUCGAAACGUCAUAAGGUGAAAGAAAAAUCAACUUACAAAUUGCGCAUUACUUUUAAAGUGCAACAUGAAAUUAUUACUGGCUUAAGGUAUGUCCAGUACAUUAAAAAGGCUGGCAUUGCAGUUGAUAAGAUCGAUGACCACCUGGGCUCCUAUGCGCCAAGCACAAAAUCCAAACCCUUUUAUGAGGUUGAACUUCCAGAAAGUGAAGCUCCUAGCGGGUUUAUUGCCAGGGGUAAUUAUAGCGCUGUGUCCAAGUUCAUCGAUGAUGACAAGACUACCCAUCUUACAUUGAAUUGGGGUGUCGAAAUUACAAAGAGAUGA